GGAAGGAGGGGGUAAUUUUUUUUUGUUACAUGGUUUUCUGGCAGCCCAAGGGAGGGGGUUAAACCCCUAAACCCUUCCCCUAGAUCCGCUACUGCAAGACAGAUUCAAAGAGAAUAUCGAAGGGAAAUGACGAACAUUUAGAAUUUAUGGCGCGGGCACCCUGUAGAAAUCUGACCGUAUGGACUGGAAAAUAGUAUCAUCCAAGAUGGCGGAUCCGUUGCUGUUAGGACUCGCAGAUGAACAGAUAAAAAGCAGCGAAAACCCCAAUAAUGACUGGACGAUUAGUAAGCUUGGUGGUCUGCCGGACUGGUUAUUAGGGCCUCCUAGUACACUCCCAUCAUGUGGCUUAUGCAAUAGGAGACUUCCCUUGAUUGCACAGCUGUACUGCCCCCUUUAUAACUCCCCAUAUCACCGAGUGAUGUACAUCUUUGGUUGUCCAAGCUCAUCCUGCUGGAACAAGCAGCAAAGUUGGCAAGUGCUUCGAGGGCAAGUUCUUGAGGAAAUGAAUACCCAACCAACUACAGGAGAGAAGGCUUUGAGUUCUGAUGAUGUUGAUGACUGGGGCGAUGAUGCCAAUGACUGGGGAGAAAGUAAUGAAUCAAACUUAGUCAUGAAUGAUCUAGAGGUUGCUGCAAGCAAACUGUCAUUACAAAACCCUGCACAACACCCUGGCAAUGACAACAACACCUCCACAACUACGAAAUUUUUAGAAAUAUCAUCAAAUUCUACCCAACAAAAUAUAUCAGCUGAUACCUUGGAAACACCAUUCUUUGUGCCAUACUACAUAAAUGUAUUUGAAGACUCAUCAAAUGCCAAUAGUGGUGCCUUUACAAAGCAUGAGAGGCAGCUGUUACAGAGAUACCAGGCGGAUGAGGGAGUGAAUGUGAUGGACUGGGUUAGGGGAGAUUUGGAUGAUAUCUAUGAAGCUGUUGGGGGAAAUGCUGGUGAGAAAUAUGAAAAGGAGUCUGUUCGACAUGGUGACAAAGGCUUCCAUAAAUUCCAUAAACAGCUACUGUCAUGUCCUCAGCAGUGUUUAAGGUACCAGUGGGACGGCACACCCUUGUUUAUUAACCCUGAAAGUGAGGCCCUAGUUGGAGCCACAGGUAUACCGAUAUGCAGCUAUUGUAAUGCUCCAAGAAUCUUUGAGAUGCAGUUGAUGCCUGCACUGGUAAGCAAGCUUCACGGAGACAAAGUGCUAAGUGAACCCUUGCUGAAGCAAAAUGAGUGCCUUAAACCAGGGAAUCAUUCUGAUCGGAGUAAUAAAAUGACUGAAAGUAGUGAAGUCGUUGAAAGAAUGUGCACCAUUCACUAUGGUAAUAAAAAUGUCUGUUACAAACAAGGUAUGUGUGACAGUAAUGGAAUAUUACAUGGCAGUUGUGAAUCCAGUGUAAAUCAUGACUUAGAAGAGGCUUUAAGAAGUGACAAUGUUAAUAUAGUAUCUGAUACAUUGUGUGACACUGAUGGAUUACGUGACAUUGGUGGAUUGUGUGACGCUGAUGGGUUGUUUGACACUACUCGCCUAAAUAUUGAGUUUGGAACAGUCAUGGUUUACGCUUGUAGUCAAAGUUGCUGGGAUGAUAGAUCAGGUUAUCGGCAGGAAUUCAUCUUUGUAGAAGCUGAUCCAGAUGCUCAUCUUUUCUUUAGAAAAACAAAUAGCAAUAAAACUGACAAAUAAGUUAUAGAUAUUUGAAAUUCAUAUCUGAAAAACAUUUUGGAAAAAUGCUUAGUUGUCUUACUACUAAGAAUGUACCUUAAUUCGUCCUUAUAGUUUAGCGUCCGUUUACAUGGACGAGACCAAUCACACCAUGUAAUUCUUCUCUGACAAAAGGUCAAUACAAAUAAUCUUCUAUCAACAGCUGUAGACCGCCGGUGAUAAAUGAUAAAUAAAUAAUUAAAUUUAGGCGGA